GCCGCCAUGGCCCUCAGGCUCCUGCCGACCUUCCUCACGGACAACGGCGACGACGACGACGGCAACUUCACCAAGUGGAUGAGCAGCUACUGGGGCCACGGGGGGGCCGAGGGCCGGCGCUCCGGCGAGAGGAGGCGCAGCCUCAGGAGACCCGCGGCGGCGGGAGGGGAUCGCAGGGCGUCGCUCCCCACCGUGUCUCAGUUGGACGCCAUGAAGCUGAACCAUCUCCACGCGGCGGCGAUGUCUCGCGGGCCGGGUCACGCGAAGCCCAGAGACGAGAGGGCGGACGCGAGGACCCACCCGAGAGCUCGCCGAUCCGACUCGGUGGACAGCAGCCGCUCCAAGCCGCCCGUCCCGGAGAACCGGAUCAGCACCAUCCCCGAGCUCACCGAGUCCUUCGAGAGGAGGCUCCUCCUCCGCGACAACAGCACCGCGUCUCUGACCGACGGAGACAAGUUGUGCCGGAUCUGUCACGAGGACAUGAAGCGCCGCGGCGGAGCGCCUCGACAGACGCACUGUCCACACCGCUUCCACCGAGAGUCUGCGUCCCGGGGGUCGCAGCGGGGGGGUCGCGCUCCCCACGGCGAGGCGGCGGCGCGUCACGCGAGGAGGCUCUCGGAGGAGAGGAGGAACUCCGCGGACGGGCGGAUCUCGGUGGAGAAGGAGGAGCACGCGGCGCGACGUCCGCUCUCCCUGCGCGAUCACCGCUGA